AUGCACACGCCUGCGUUACCUUGUGUACGGUCACACACACAGCCAAUCCUUACCAUCUCCCUCGCCUCGAUUCUUUGGCUGACCAUAGCCGGGAUCCCUGCUCUUAUUCCCCUUCCCAUCUCAGAGUCCCAUCUCACCCCAAUCCAUCCCAUCCCUUCAUACUGUACCUAUCUUAACAGGGCAUCGCGAUUCACUCCCGCCCCCCUUACGGACGACAACGAUACGGAGAGAAGGAAGAAGAAGAAUAAGCUCCGCGACGCACCAGUCUUCACCGACACACUCCAAGCCUCUCUGUCCAACAGGCUUAACCCCAGCCGCGGACGACUGUGUCAGAAUCCGCGAAAACCCUGUUUCUCGGAUCCAGAACCUGUUGGAUCUGUCAUUACUGAGGCCACUCACUCGGUCUCUGUCACCUUUGGAAAAAGCAUACGCAGUUGGAGAGAGAGCAAGGACAAUAGUGUACAAAUACGCUGCGUAUACUCUCACACACCCGACACCCGCGACACCCGCAUACAUACACACACAAAUACAUAG